CAUCCAUAUGGUUAAAAAGGAGGAAGAUAUGUGUGAAUCACAUGCACAGGCAAUCAACGCUCCACCUCCACAUUAACAGUAUAACUUGAGUCAGAUAUCAGAGGUCAUAGAACAGAGCUGGUGUCAACAGUCCCGAUGGCGAGGCUGUGGCAUGUCCUGCUCCUGAGCUGGGCAUGGAACCCUCUGUGUCUGUCUGUCAGUGUGGGCUUCAUUGGUUCUCCACAACAAUGUCAAAACGCUCACUUUGUCCCGGGUUACAACCUGGGAGGCGAAGGCUUCGACAUCGUCAAAAUGCAGCGGAAAGGUGCCUAUGUCAUCGACACGGAAACAUGGAAUCUCGGCAACGGCACUUGCAGAAUGUUUAACAACAACUUCAUGAAUAGAGUGAGCCAGAAGGUCCCAGCUGCCGUGGAGGAUUGGAGAGCCCUCCCAAAGUGCAGUCUAAAGAUCUCCAGUCUGGUCUACAAUUCGGCUGAAACUCUAGUCAAUGACUCCACCUCAGCGGUGUCCAAUAAUUGGAAGAUCGGCCUCACAUUUCCUGUCGACCCUUCUCUUACUGUUAGUGUCGGUGUCGGAUUCGGAGGUUCCCACUCCAAAGAGGCUACCUUUGCCAUGCAAAAGUCAAAAGAAGACCGCUACACCUUUGUUCGCCAUUCCGCUGACUGUACUGUAUAUAACUACAGAAUGACAACAAAUCCUCCACUGAGUCCGGACUUCAAAUCUGCUGUGAGCUCCCUCCCACCCUAUUCAAAGAAGACAAGGUCAAACUAUCGCAGUCUGAUUGACACAUAUGGUACACAUUUCAUAACACAGGUGUCUCUAGGUGGGCAAAUAAAAGCAAUCACUUCUGUCAAGACUUGCGAGGCGAGCAUGCAGGGACUGUCGUCCACAGUCAUUGCUGACUGUUUGUCAGUCGAGGCCUCUGUUGGCUUUGCAAAUAUAGCAAGCAUCAAAGCAAUGUAUGAACACUGUCAGUCAGAGAAGAAGAAGUUAGGAUCAACUCAAAGUUUCGGCACCAUGUUUCGCGAGCGCCAGGCAGAAGUCAUCGGUGGAGACAUUUCGGGGGACAUUCUAUUUAAUGGCCGGUCUAGCCCAUCUGUCUAUAGUCAAUGGCAACGCUCACUGCAGACCUUACCUGAUGUGGUCAAAUACAGCAUAAACCCGCUGCACACCUUACUGCCAAUUGAUCAUUCUGCCCGAGCUGGACUGAAACAGGAGGUGGAGAAGUACAUCGUGGAAAACGCAGUGUUAAAACAAUGCUCAGAGGCCUGUCAGAUUGGUCACAGAUCCAGCAAAAGGGAUCCCUGUGCUUGUGUUUGCAACAGUAAUUCGCAGAUCACGCAUAACUGCUGUCCUGCUGGGAAAGGUCUUGCAACAUUGAAGGUCUUUAGGCUCUAUGCACGCGGGUUGUAUGGUGAUAAGUGGACCAAGACAGAUGGUUCAGUGGAGGUGAAAUAUGGAGAUCAGACUAAACGCACUGUCAUCAUUAGUAACAAUGACAAUCCUAGAUGGUCCGAGACUUUUCAGUUUGGAACCGUUCGCGUCAACAUGCGAAACAGACUUGAGUUCACAGUUUAUGAUGAGGACACUUACUGGAAUAGUGAUCAAUUAGGCAAGUGCUCGUUUGAGUUGCGUAAGGGGAAACAUAGUGACUCUUGCAUGUUUAAUCACGGCACCUUCUUCUUUUCGUAUGAAGUUGAGUGUGCACCAAGUCUAGGCGGCGACCAAUGUCAAGAAUACAUACCGUCCCCCAUGAGUUCCUCUCUGGCCAAGGUCUUCCACACCAGAAACGGGAUCCUUCUCGGGAUGGCGAAGUAUGCGAAACCAGUCGGUCCAUCAGGUUCAGCAGUUGACAUUGAGAGUGCUGAGAGUGCCGCUAUUUGAUUCGAUAAUGAUCUUGAAAGUAGUUAAUAGUAUCUUUCACUCUGUUGCGCUAUCUUUAACAUUUAAUCAAAAUGCAUGUGAAGAUUGUGUUUUACAAUCCACCAUUUCUUCUGCUUCUUUCUUUGUUAAUUACAAAAUCUACCAAUAAAGCAUCCACAAAGACAA